GUUGACUGUGUGUGUAACGGGGAGCAUCUCCUCUCAGGCUUUAACGCUACGAGUGAAUGAUUCACAGGUUCCGCAAAGUCAUUUCAAAGCCUCUGCUGCAGUCACUGUGCAAGUUUUCUGUGUUGCGCCAUUCUCGAAAUCUUACGUCCAAAAUGGCUUUUCAGUAUCCCCAAGCUUACCGCGAUGAGGCUGUUGUGGAUGACUACCAUGGCUGCAAAGUACCGGAUCCGUACAGCUGGCUGGAGGAUCCAGACAGUGAGAAGACACAGGCAUUCGUCAAUGCUCAGAACCAGCUUACGUUGCCAUUUUUAGAACAGUGUGAGGUCCGGGAUCUUUUCAAGGAGCGCAUGACUGAGCUGUACGACUAUCCAAAGUAUAGUUGCCCGUUUAAGAGGGGAAACAGGUACUUUCACUUUUACAACACGGGUCUUCAGAACCAGAGUGUAAUGUAUGUGCAGGAGAGUUUAGACGCUGAACCCACUGUCUUCUUGGAUCCAAACACAUUUUCUGAAGAUGGCACUGUUGCUCUUCGAGGCUAUGCAUUUUCUGAGGAUGGAGAGUACCUGGCCUACGGCACCAGUGCCAGUGGGUCUGACUGGGUAGAAAUCCACUUCUUGCGAGUGGAGGGCGCCGUAGAGCUGGAGGACCGCCUUGAGAGGGUCAAAUUUAGCUGCAUGUCCUGGACUUAUGAUGGGAAGGGACUUUUUUACAAUUCAUAUCCCGAACAGGACGGAAAAAGUGAUGGCACUGAGACCUCCACAAAUCUGCAUCAGAAGCUUUACUAUCACAUCCUGGGGACUCCACAGUCUGAGGAUGUGCUUUGUGCCGAAUUUCCUGACCACCCCAAAUGGAUGAGUGGGGCUGAGGUAUCAGAUGAUGGGCGCUAUGUGUUGCUGUCAAUCAGAGAAGGCUGUGAUCCGGUCAAUAGGCUUUGGUAUUGUGACCUGCAGACGACAUCGCAGGGCAUAACUGGACUUUUGCCCUGGAUAAAAUUAAUCGAUAACUUUGACGCGGAGUACGAAUACGUCACCAACGAGGGAACAUUGUUUACCUUUAAGACCAAUUUAGACGCCCCGCGUUACAGACUCAUCAACAUCGACUUUGCCUCUCCUGAUCAGAGCAACUGGAAGGAGCUGAUCCCCCAACAUGACAAAGAUGUCAUUGUAUUUGCCACCUGCACGUACUCCAGCUUUCUGUUUGUGUGUUUCCUCCACGACGUCAAGAAUGUCUUGAAGAUGUAUCGUCUGAGCUCAGGAGAGGAGCUGAGAACCUUCCCUCUUGAUGUGGGCUCUAUAGUGGGUUUUACAGGAAGGAAGAGAGAUUCAGAGAUCUUCUAUUAUUUUACCUCCUUUUUAUCACCAGCUAUCAUAUACCAUUGUGACCUAACUAAGGAGCCUCUGCAGCCUCAUGUCUUCAGAGAAGUUACUGUCAAAGGCUUCAACCCUGCAGACUACCAAACAACUCAGAUCUUCUUUCCCUCUAAGGACGGCACGCAGAUACCCAUGUUUAUUGUACACAAGAAAGGAAUCAAACUGGAUGGCUCCCAUCCAGGUUUUUUGUAUGGCUACGGUGGCUUUAAUAUCUCCAUCACACCGAGUUACAGCGUCUCCCGACUCAUCUUCGUCAGACAUCUUGGUGGUGUUCUGGCUGUCGCCAAUAUUAGAGGAGGGGGGGAGUACGGGGAGACCUGGCACAAAGCUGGCAUGCUUGCAAACAAGCAGAACUGUUUCACAGACUUCCAGUGUGCAGCUGAGUAUCUCAUCAAAGAGGGAUACACGUCACCUUCUAAACUGACGAUAAAUGGAGGCUCUAAUGGUGGCUUGCUCGUUGCUGCCUGUGUAAACCAGCGGCCUGAGCUGUACGGCUGUGCUGUAGCUCAAGUGGGCGUCAUGGACAUGCUGAAGUUCCACAAGUUCACAAUCGGCCACGCAUGGACCACAGACUUUGGCUGUUCUGAAGACAAAGAGCAGUACCAGUGGCUCAUUAAGUAA